UGGAGAAGCCUAGACCGGAAGUGCCGCCCUAGCCGCCGGCCUCCCGCCCGCCCCUAGGUGCCUCCGGGCCCUAAAAAGACCCGAAAACUCUGGUCCAGCCCCACGUUCGGCUGCUGUCCGUUCCGACCCAGUCCCUUAGGCGAAAUGAUGUUAUCCGAGCAAGCCCAGAAGUGGUUUCCAACUCAUGUGCAGGUCACCGUGCUUCAAGCCAAAGAUCUGAAGCCAAAAGGCAAAAGUGGCACCAAUGACACAUACACUAUUAUUCAACUGGGCAAAGAAAAAUACUCUACUUCUGUAGCAGAGAAAACCCUAGAUCCAGUGUGGAAAGAAGAGGCUUCAUUUGAGCUACCUGGAUUGCUAAUGCAGGGGAAUCCAGAGAAAUAUAUUCUUUUCCUGAUAGUCAUGCACAGGUCUUUGGUGGGUCUGGAUAAAUUCUUGGGGCAGGUGGCAAUCAGUCUGAAUGACAUCUUUGAGGACAAACAGAGAAGGAAAACAGAGUGGUUUAGGUUAGAAUCCAAACAAGGGAAAAGAGCCAAAGACAGAGGACAAAUAAAGGUCAACAUUCAGUUUAUGAGAAACAAUAUGACAGCCAGUAUGUUUGACCUGUCAAUGAAGGAUAAAACAAGAUCUCCUUUUGCAAAACUAAAAGAUAAAAUGAAAGGAAGAAAGAAUGAUGGGACAUUUUCUGAUACAUCUUCAGCAAUCAUUCCAAGUACUCAUAUACCUGAUGCUAACACUGAACUUUCAAGUAGUGAAAUACAGAUGAAAUCCAAACCAAAAAAGCCUUUUCUUUUGGGACCUCAGCGACUCUCUUCAGCUCAUUCAAUGUCUGAUUUAACUGCAUCACAUGUUUCUUCAGAGAAAUUGAAGACUGCCACCAUUGGUCAUACACAUCUUUUCAGGCGCCAUUUGGAUUCUUUUGAAUCUCUUGAGGAAGGUGGAAGUCUCAAAUCUCCACAUAGAAGAACAUUAAAUGCUGAUACUUCUAAAAUCAACCAACCUGACAGCAUAGUUGAUGAAGGUGAAUCGUUUUUUGGAACACAAAAUGACCCAUUUACAAAUGUGACUGCUUCAUUACCCCAAAAAUUUGCAACACUGCCAAGAAAGAAAAAUCCAUUUGAAGAAAGCAGUGAAUCAUGGGACAGUGGUGUGAGUUUAUUUUCAAAAUCAGUUGAUGUUAAAAAAGAAAAUAAAAGAGAGAAAAGAGAGAAAGUUAGUCUUUUUGAAAGAGUGACUGGGAAAAAAGAUAGCAGGAGGUCUGACAAACUUAGCAAUGGGGGAUCGGAUAGUUCUUGUGACUUGAAAUCACCUAAUGCAUUUGGUGAAAAUCGUCAGGAUUAUUUUGAAUAUGAAUCUACCAACCCAUUUUCAACAAACUUCAGGACUACAAACAUGAUGCCAUCUUCUAGUUUUCAUAUGAAACCAACAAGCAGUGAAGAUCUCAGGAAAAUAUUGGAUAGCAAUCCUUUUGAUGCCACUGCAGGGUAUCGAAGUCUUACCUAUGAAGAAGUAAUACAAGAACUUGUGAAACACAAAGAACUACUUAAAAGGAAAGACACUCAUAUCCGUGAACUUGAGGACUACAUUGACAAUCUUCUUGUAAGAGUAAUGGAAGAAACUCCAAGUAUUCUCAGAGUGCCAUAUGAACCUUCAAGAAAAGCUGGCAAAUUUUCCAAGAGUUAAUAAGCCAAUAAUACUGCAUUUUGUACUUUUAAAAAUGCUAGUUGAAGAUACUGCACAACAGGUUUAAUUUUUUUGUUAACUUUUCAAAAAUCAUUUUAAAUUUAAAUAUUCUUGGGGAUUGCCAAAAAGUGUUAUCUGUGAAGUGAGCCAAAUAAUUUUAAAAUUUUAAAGUAAAAAAGGAUAGCAUCUCUAGGGUGUGGAACUUUUCCCUGGGUAUAAAUUAGACCUUCUAACCCUACUUCCUUACUUCCUGAUUAAUCCAUAGGCAUGAACGUUUACUUUAGUAAAUAUUCAUCUUCCAAAAUGUCUGUCUAUUGGUGAGAUUUUUUUUAUUAUUCAGAUCUUGCCCUCUGGAAUGUGAUAACAUUUUUUGAUUUUUCAGAAUUCAAUUUGAGGGUAAUAUGUAGUCACAGAACUACUUUUACAUAUAUGUACCACUAAGCUUUUUAUAUUUGUAAUUGGUACUUUUUAAGGCUCAUUUCCCAUGUCCUUUAUUUGGUUGUGUGAAUGUGUUUUAUUUAUUGGUGCAAAAUAAAUGAAUUUUUAUUAGUAUUAGUGUUUAUGCAGAGGCUGUUUUAAAUGAAUGCAAACCAUGUGAGAUACUUGGUUUGAGAGUGAACUGCAAUGUAAUUUAAUACUCUGAUAUCCAUUCCUGAUACUCAUUGGAAGUAAUGACCCCAAAGUUGUAGAAAGAGUGUCAUAUAGAAGUAGUUUUGAGAAUAUUUUAGGACAUUUCAACUUCAAGAUGUUAGUUAUUUGUUGGAACUCUUUUUUAUCCUAAAAUUUAGGAUUUGUAUAUAAACUAAAGUUGGUAAUGAAAAAUAUGUGGAAGGUUUUUUUUUUGGUAAAGAUAUUGCAUGCCUUUACAAUAUGAAUAAAUUGUUAAAAAGAAAAAUGUCAGGUUUCAAAGAAAAUUGGAGGAAUAGGAAAGAUGUAGUCAAAUACUUGAAGAAUUUAUAAUAGUAGGACACAAGAUGUUUAGAAAUGGGCUCUGUUGUAAGAAUAUCGACAAAAGCAAAAUACAUUUUAAACAUUAAGAGUUUCAGGUUGUGUAAUUUUAAACCUUAAACCUAAAAAAAGACUAGAUCAAGGGAUUGUGAGUUUUUAGUGCAUGUCUUUACUCAAAGAAUAAUAUAUGCUUCAAUUUCUUGAAGGUUCUUCAAUUAGUAAGGUGAUUUUUUUUUCUGAUAAAUUUUUUACCCCUCUAGAAAGCAUGUUUAGUUACUUCUAUAGGGCAUUUUUUGAUAUUGUGAAAUGCAUGUGAAAUUAUCCCAUCAUUUCAAAUGGAAAUGCCGUGGUAAAAGAAAAAAAAAUUUGUUUUGUUUAUAAUUUACCCUUCAGCGACUUUAAAGGAAUUAAUACAGUGAUAAAUUAAGAAAAGAAGCUUUGUCUUCCUAAUGUUAAGAAGUUCAUUUCAGUUUGGGAAAUGUCUUCUGCACCCUCUUGUCCCUGUUCUUUAAUUAUCUUUGUAAUUUUUCUGACACAGCUCAACUUCACAAAAAUAUAUAUAAUAAAGUUGAUGUGAUUCAUUAAAGAAGCAGGAUAAAUGACUUCUUUUUAAUAGUACAGUAUUUAGAAUUACUUUUUUGAUCAUUUUCAUAUUUGGGGUCAGAGGAUAUUGAGUGUACUUAUCUAAAGGAUCUGGUCCUUUAUUCACAGUAUUUACUUAUUUCUCCUAAGAGAAUAUCAUUUUAAAAUUCUGAAGUAAUUUUCCUAAGUAUUGUUUAGUUCAUUUUCUAAAAUUAGGAAAAUAGAAAUUGGAAAUUGUUAUUGCCAGUUUUUUUUCCAACUUACUAUGUUUAGUGUUUAGUAUCUACAGUGAAUAUACCUCAAAUACCAUUGUGUGAUUUUUCAUUUUAAAUUUGAGAUCUUGAAAAAAAUAUUUUUCAAUCUGGUGCCAAAGGUUAUGGUUUGUAACAAUAUGAUCCACUUAGAUUUAAAAAAGCAUUUCUUAAAUCUUUUUUUUAAAAGAUCAAAAUAUAAAGUUGGGAAUUGCUAAUUUUUCCCAUGAAGAUUCUUAGAUAUUUUAGUGUACUCUGGCCAAAUAUACUUUCAUAUAAAUAUUUAUUUUUGUCAGGGGUACCUACAUAUUUCAUAUUAAUAAAUAUGAUACAAUCAAAUAUACUUUAAAGGAGAAGAUAAUUCCAUGCAUAAAGAAUCAAGAAACAAUAAUGCAAAAUCAAUAAGCUGUUCAUUUUCCUUUUAAGCCAAAAUGAGUAUUAUAUUAAAACUUCAUUUUAGUUGCACUUAGUUCCACCUGAAACAAUUUCAAAUUAUUAGUUACCAUCACUUAAACAUAACUUAGAGCUGAAUGUUGUUUUCAUUAUAAUUACAUUAUAAUCAAUGUAAUUAAAAGAAGGAAAAAAUUUCUCUUCACAUUUUGUUUACAAAUAGCAAAUAUCUUUAAUCUAGCCUUGGUUGAAAGUAGAAACAAAACUGUCUUCAAUUUCUAGACACUUGAUUAUGCCUUUUUUUUUUUAGGUUAGUAGUUUAGAAAUGAGGGUAAAAUUCAUGAGUUUAUUAAUAGAAAGUAUGAUACUUGUAUAAACACUUUUUUUCUUCUUUGGGCUGAAACACAUCUAUAUUCUCAAAAGUUUUUAAUUGAUCUUUUAAUCAUAAAACCAUUUAUAUAGUAUAUCUCAAAAGUGUUAAAAGCUGAGAAACUUUUAUUGUAUAAAUUUAGAAAUUCAAUUUUAUAAAAUCACUUCUAUGUGUACACAUUUCAUUUCAGUAUUAAUGAUGAUAAUAAUGAAAAUACUUGCCUAGAAGUGAUUCUUUUAACUCUUAUUAAUGGGACAAAUUCCAGGGUCUUAUCUUAGAAUUUUAAAAAAUAUGGUAACUUAUUACGAAUUUGUGAAGAAUGUAUAACAUUUAGAUAUUACUUUUUGCUGCUAUAUUUUAUAUUGAGCUUUUUUGAGGUCAUCUUUGCAUGCAUGAAUGAAUGUAGCAUUCAUUAUCCAUAGAUUAUCCAUAACUACAUCUAUUGCUUUUGGCUGAAAAUCAAACUCUCAUUGUAAUUUUCCAUCUGUGAAAAUGUUGCCUUGUUCUAGAAAAGGUUUCUUGAAUGGAAACCUAAGUAAAACUAAGUUCAUCAGUGAAUGACAUGCUUUUUUCACAUGUACUUCCUCCCUUAAUUCCCUAAAGGAAAGUGCAUUUUCUUUAACUUGGAGAAUCUUAAAAGAAACAAGAACUGCUCUCUUUAAUAUAUCUACAGUAACUUGUACCAGAGGUUUUAUUUUCUUCUACACAUUUUAAGAAAGAGCCAGUCUUGGAUUUGUAAAUCACACUGAAACUUUUUGAUGUUCAUGUACUCAUACAUCUUGUGGAUAUGCUAGGUGUAACUUGUGUAUGUUAAAAUGAACUUUAAAAGCAUGUUGAUUCACUUACUCUCUUUGAAGUAAGAGGUGAAGGAUUAUGGCAUUGCAAGUUCAUGAUACUAGAUUUAAAAGUCUGUCAGCACUUCCAUUGUAAACUCCAUUUUAAUGGAUUUAUAACUUUAAUAAUCCAGAUGUAAUCAUUGGAAGUAUUUAAUAUGCAAUAGAUAGCACCUUAACUAAUCUGCAUAUGAAGGGUUUUCACAUGCAUUUAUUAAGAAGUGUAGAAGCUCUUCAAGCAUUAAACUAGAGUUGACAUCAUUUAUUUCAUUUGUUUUCUAUGUCAAAGAAUUCACUCUUAUGUGGAAUUGAAAUCUGUUACAAAUAAUACAUUUGGGCUUAUUCAUGUAGAACCUUCCAGAUGUUUUGUAUUUUGAAGUAUGAAAAGUUGCUGCAGAUCCUAGAAUGUUGUGUAUAUUUAGCAGGUAUGCAAAAGAUAUAAACAUUAUUUAUAACAGAAGAGAAAAUACUUGUCUUAUUAAAAAUACUGUAGUAACUUAUACACAUUUUUGAAGGUACAAAACUCAUAAGUAUAUUUAAAUAUUGUAUAAUGUGACACCUAUCCAAUUUGUGUAAUUUGAUGCAUGAAGGAUCAGAAUUUUUAUAUUAAAAUAAGCAUUGAUUUAUUAUAGUUGAUUAAAGUGUGUAAUCUUAAUAUAAUUGUCUAUAAUUUUAUUUACCAAUGCAUGUCUAAAAUAUUAAUAAAUUACCAAAGUACAUCA